AUGACGAUAAAUGGUUAUGAAGUUUAUUUGAAGGUUGUUCAUCGAUCUUUUAAUGUAUUUUAUUUAGGGAAAACUAUUUCUACAAAAAAAGAAGAAUUGUUGCACAUAGUGAACCAGUUUGAGAUACAGGUUGAUAAUCCAGUCUCGGUUCUUAAUCAAGAUACUAGUAGAACAUUCCUGAAUAAUUCAAAUCCUGAAGAAAAUUACAGGUUCUUCUUAAAGGCAAUUCAGCUUGAUAAGAUGAGUAUAGACUAUCAAGUCCUGAUAGAACAACUAGAUAUUUUUGAAACUACACUUUCCAAGAAAAAAGAGACAUUACUUGAAAUGAAAAAAAAUGUACAAAAACUAGAAGAGAAGUACAAGGACUUAUCACAGCUAAAGACCAUGAAAGAACAAGUGGAAGAACUCAAAAGGGAAAGAGUGUGGGCAGAGGUUAUUGAAUUGGAAAACAGACUUGGUCCUCUUGAAAAAGCUGUUGUAGAUAGUGCAGCAGACAAGCCCAUGUACCAAGAAAAGGUAGACGAAGCCCACAAUAAGAUCCAAGAACUAGAUGUAGAGUGGCAAUCCAUACAAGAAUCAGUCAACUUGGUUACUGAAGAAAUGACAAAAGUACAGGAAGAACAAACAGAGAUCGCAGACGAUUUGAAGACAAAGAAAACUACUUUGAGGGGAAAACAGUCAAAUUUCUCUAAACUCAAAGAAAAUUUAAACUCCACCAAACUUGAAGAGAAACAGCUUGUUAAUGGACUAAAAGAGAUCAGACAGACUAGGGCUACUAACGAAAUAACUGAAUUAGAAAACUUUGAAAAAGGGAAAUUACCUGAUCUUGCAACCCCGUUAAAUCAUUAUAACCUCAGCGAUGAUUUGAACUGCACACAUGAACAGUUUUUUCAACAAUUAGCUGGUAGAAUGAGAGAAAUCAGACAGAUAGGCAUGACUGAUUUGAAUAAUGGAAGAAACCAAAGACAUGRUAAACUGCUGGCAAAACGAGCUGGCCUGGAAGUAAAUCAAAGGCAGCUGCAGACUACAACUCAGGUUGCUGAUGCAGAAUCAGAGUGUGAGAAAGCUCAGGAAGCUGUUCAAAAACAAGAAAUCAAAAGUCAAAAACACAAAGAGAAGAUACAAGAGGUCAUGRGUAAACAUGAUUCUUUSAAGGAUAGACAAGAUGUUAUUCUUAUGAACAUUGGUGCUGAGAAAAAUAAGCAAAAACAUUUUGAAAAGAAAUGCAAAGAGGUGGAUAAUGCAGUUAAGAAGGCUGAGGAUGAAUUGAGGGCCAUGAGGAAGAUAGUAAAAGACACUACAGAAAUAGCUAGUCAGUACUGUAAACUUGUUGGAACAAAGAAAUCUGUCCGUGACUUGGAAGCAGAGAUCGUCCAAAAGGAAAGAAGAAUACAAAUUAAGGAAAACAACCUCGGAAAGCCUGAGGAAAUCACAAGAAAGUACAUUGAAGCUAGAACCAAGUUUGAAGAAACAAAGUCCUGUAUGAGAAGCUUGAUAAGACGCAACARGCAAUGGAAAGAAGACUUGAACAAAAGGGUAGCAAAGUUUGUUGAUUAUCGAAGGUUCAUUCGUUUAAGAGCCAAGUCUUAUUUUCUUCAUCUGUUGUCACUAAGGGGAUACACUGGUCAACUGAAGUUUGAUCAUAAAAAUGAAAGACUAGAAAUUAAGGUCAGUGCUGGAGAGGGGCAAGACACUGAUACAUUGUCUGAUGGAGAGAGGUCGUCAUUAUCUUUUAUCUGUUUCAUUAUGUCGUUAUGGGAAGCAAGUGAGACUCCUUUUAGAUGUUUUGAUUUAUAUAUGUCAAAUCUCUCUAAACUCAAAGAAGAUUUAAACUCCACCAAACUCGAAGAGCAGCAACUUAUUGAUAGAAUACAAGAGAUUAGACAGACUGCAAUGAGAGAUUUAGAAGYAGAAAGAAACCAAAGGCAGAGUGAACUUCUAGCAAAGAAAGAAGAACUAGAAACAAAUCAGAGACAACUGCAAACUACAACUGACCGUAGACAAGAGAUUGAAAAAGCAAUAAGUACAGAAAAUGAAAGGUUGAAUGGAUUAAGAAAAUCAGGCAAAACAGACGACAGUUUCACCAACUWCCKAUUGGGCCRAUWGGUGAAUGAAACUUUCCAUUCAAUUURUCCAUUUAACUUUUCACUCAUCUCUUUGUCAUCCAUUUUUUCAGGGGCUCACAUUUCUGUCCGAGAUCAAGCAUGGGCAUUUCCCAUAGAAUCAUGUAUAAAAGGMCUGGCUUGGGCAUUUUGCUGUCAUGAUGGCCAUGAUGAGCAGGCAUUAAAGAGAAUUAUGCUUCAAGUUUGUCCUAAUAAUAGGAUACCACUGAUUAUUAUCAGUAAAUUUCAAGGUCGAUAUGACGUCUCUGCAGGUAGACCUCAGUGUAACUACACUACUGUUCUUGAUGAACUGGUUAUUGAUAACCCUGUUGUUGCUAACUGUCUUAUUGACCAGGCUGGAGUUGAGGCAGUCCUGUUGAUAAAAGAUCCUAAAGAAGCUCGUGAUGUUGUGUUUUUACGUCCACCACCAGGUGUCAGAUUGGCAUACGAUGUCAAUGGUGAUGAGUUGAGAGGUGGACGAACAGCAAAGUAUUAUUCAACCCAGAGUAAAGAUGCUACAUGUAAAUAUCUACAGCAGGAUAUUGAACAAGAUAUAAGGCGAUUAGAAAAUGAUCUACAAGGAAGACAGGAACACCACAGUCAACUAUUGGAGCAACAACGUCAAUCAGAGGCCAUCAUCAAUGACAAUAAGAAAGAAUUAAAUAGAUUGAAAACCAAAGUUCAGCAAGAACAGAAGAAAGUCAGCCAUCUUAUUGGGGAAAUCACUGAGUUAGAAAGCUAUGAAGAAGAAGAACUACCUGAUCUUACAACACUAGAAGAAGAGCAAGCUUCUUAUGCUCAAAAAGUUCACGAUCUAGAAAACCAGGUUGCUGAUGCAGAAUCAGAGUGUGAGAAAUCUAAGGAAGCUGUUCAAAAACAAGAAAUCAAAAGUCAAAARCACAAAGAGAAGAUACAAGAGGUCAUGGGUAAACAUGAUUCUUUAAAGGAUAGUCAAGAUAGUGUUAUCAAAAGCAUAGCUACUGAGAAAAGCAGCCAAAAACAUUAUACAAAGAAAUGUAAAGAGGUGGAUGAUGCUGUCAAAAAGGCUGAGAAUGAAUUGGGGACCAUGCAAAAGAAAGUUGAGGAUACCACAGCGUUAGCUAUUCAAUACUGUGAACGUGUUGAAACACAGAAAUCUGUGCAUAGCUUAGAGACAGAGAUCAUACAAAAGGAAAACAGAAUACAGAUUGAGGAAAACAAUCAUGGYAAGCAUGAGGAAAUCACAAGAGAGUACUAUGAAGCUAAAACCAAGUUUGACGAUACAAAGACAUGUAUGAGAAACAUGUUCAAAUACAAAAGACAAUUGAAAGARGUCUUGAACAAAAGGAUAGCAGCAUUUGUUGAUUAUCGAAGGUUCAUUCGUUUAAGAGCCAAGUCUUAUUUUCUUCAUAUGUUGUCACAAAGGGGAUACACUGGUCAACUGAAGUUUGAUCAUAAAACUGAAAGACUAGAAAUUAAGGUCAAUGUAGAGCAAGGACAGAAGAAGGCUAGUAAAGACACUAAGACAUUGUCUGGUGGUGAGAGAUCAUUCUCUACUAUCUGUUUCAUCAUGUCAUUAUGGGAAGCAAUGGAGACUCCUUUUAGAUGUCUGGAUGAAUUUGAUGUCUUCAUGGAUAUGGUCAAUCGUCGUGUCAGCAUGGAUAUGAUGCUCUCAUUCGCUAAAAUGCAAYCAGAAAGACAAUUUAUUUUGUUGACUCCACAGAACCUCAGCAAUGUAGCAUUUGGACCUGACACCAGGAUAUUCAGACUAGGGGAUCCAGAACGAGGACAGUUGACUUUAAACUUUGAACAAACAGAAGACUAAAAAUCACACAUAAAACAAAUGAACCAGCUGAGUGAGUUAAAUACACCGUAUAGAAUUGAAAACAACCUACUCCUUGAAAUCCUUGAAAAACUCUUCAAACAGGAAAGCAAUAAAACUCUUGGAAAACUCA